UCCACCGACGUGUCGCACUGACUUUUUGGAACCGUGGUGUUUUCCCCUCAUGUAAACGUCACUCGUGUGUUCAGCGGGUGAAGAAGACGCGACCGACACAACACAACACAACACAACAACCACCAUGUCCGAGCCCGGUAGACCGGACAUCUCCGCCAUCUUCAAGCGGCUCCGCUCCGUCCCCUCCAACAAGGUUUGCUUUGACUGUCAAGCUAAAAACCCGAGCUGGGCCAGCAUCACCUACGGCGUGUUCGUGUGUAUAGACUGCUCAGGCACCCACAGGUCUCUGGGGGUGCACCUGAGCUUUAUCAGAUCUACGGAGCUGGACUUCAAUUGGUCCUGGUACCAACUGAGAUGUAUGCAAGUCGGAGGGAAUUCCAGCGCGACUUCUUAUUUCAGUCAACAUGGCUGCAUAACCAGCGCUGCCAACGCCAAGUACAACAGCCGAGCCGCUCAGCUGUACAGAGAUAAGAUAAAGAAUUUAGCCACACAAGCCACCAGACGCCACGGCACUGAGCUGUGGCUUGAUAGUCAGGCUCCUCUCUCUCCAACACCAACAGAGGACAAGCAGGUGGAUUUCUUCAGUCUGCAUACAGUGGAGGUUCCUAAAAACGUGAAUACGGCUGAAAUGAAUCUGAGCUCCUCCACAUCAGAGAAGAGUUUAUACCCGGAAAAAGAUGAAGACAAAAAUGGUAAUACAGAAGAGGGUCCAAGCGUGGAUUCGCUGAGUGUUUCUCCAAAAGCGAAUCCAGAGCCGUCUUCUCUUUUUAAGAAGAAGCCCACCACUACCAAGAAAACGUUGGGCUCUAAGAAGGGCGGCCUGGGUGCUCAUAAGGUCAGCAGCCAGAAUUUCUCUGACCUGGAGAAGAAAGCUCAAGCUGCCGACAAGCUGAGAGAGAAAGAAGACGGCGCUGUGAGCACCAAGAAAAGUGCUCAAACCGAGGAAUCCAUCUCUUCAUCGCUGCGACUGGCCUAUAAAGAUUUUGAGCAGCACAGGAAAAUGGAGGAUCAGAAGAUGAAGGGAUUAGAUGGGAAGAAGAAGGAGCAGGCUGAGAGACUGGGCAUGGGUUUAGGCAUGAGGAGUGGAGUUUCACAUUCUGUGACUUCGGACAUGCACAUGAUCGAGCAGGAGAAUACCCUUGGCUCAAAGACCACCAAAGGACGGCGGCUCAUUGAGCCAGAUGAUGAUGAAGGGUCCUUCACCUCUAGGUCUGUGUCCCGGUUUGAGGAUCAGGUAGAAUCUUCUGAUCAGUUUACUUCACGGUGGGAUGACGGCGUCGAGGAAGGAGGCUGGAUGAAGGUGACAAAGAAACCAGAGCCAGACUUCUACUCUUCCUCCAUCAUAACUUCACUUGACGACAGCAGACACGCAGCCAGGAGGAAACCAGAACCAGUGCCAGUGCCGGACACGGAAGAAGCUCGGAAAAAGUUUGGAGAUGUCAAAGCAAUCUCCUCUGACAUGUAUUUUGGAAAACGAGACCACUCUGAGUACGAGGCCAAAUCUCGACUGGAACGAUUAUCUGGGAGCGCGUCUAUAAGUUCCGCAGACCUCUUUGAUGAUCCAAAGAAACAGAUUGGGAGUUCGUACAGUCUGACCAACAUGGUGCCCAACGCUCCGGACAUGUCGCAGCUCAAACUGGGAGUGCGCUCAGUCGCAGGAAAACUCUCAGUCAUGGCCAGUGGUGUAGUUAACUCAAUUCAGGAUCACUACAGUACCUGAGUCAUGCUGCAUCUCCUCUGGGAUUCAGCGUGUGUUGUCGGCGUCGACAUAACCGGAGUUUGAUAGUUUACCUGGUGAGAGACGGAGAGAGAUCAGCUCUCUGAGCGAAUCUCUGCUCGGAUGCAUCAAACUCAAGCCCUAAAGUGACCCUGUAUACAUUUACAUCUAUUUUUCUUUCUCAGAUAAUGUGUAUAGAGCUGGUGUUAGAAUCAGGAUGACUGAAGCACAAUAUUUGCUCAUCUGCAGACAUCUUGAAGUGCGAUAUCUGUGUAAAGUGAUACCAUGUGGAAUAUUUCGGUUGCAUUAUAUUACUUGGUUUGAUUUGUGGUUUUGGGGUUUGAAUACUUAAAAAAAUACUUUAUGUAGCAGGUGGGAGAUUUCUGGUGUCAUGAAGGAAGGGUUUACUUUUUGAUUCCGUUCGUUGAUGAGGUCAAAACCUAAACAGCAGAGACAAUUCAGUUUUUUACAACUGAAUUGGUUCAUGCACUUUCACUCGUCACACGCUCUGUGCAGUGUGUUCUUGUACUUUAUUUUCUGAAAUCUUGCACAUUCCCACCGUUUUUGAAAGUGUCCUUUUCCGUCCCCAAAGUGCACUUACGUUUGCUCUUCCACAGGCGGUACCAAAAGCUGAUAACGAGGCCUUGUGGGGACCAGAUAUGUGACUCUUAAUUGAGGAUGAUAUCAGUUAUGGACAUUGGUAUUGAUCUAAUUAGCAGAUAGGCUUCAUUUUCCUGCAAGUAGCCACUCUUUUCUUUUUGCUUUUUUUAGGUUAUGCAUCCGUUGUGGAAAAGGAGCGGAUGGCAGUGAGGAUAAGUAGCUAGAAAGGUCUUAAGGAAAAGCUUGAUGUUUUGGGAAGUGCACUUUGCCUAGAAUUUCAUGCCACUUUUGAAUAUAUGCAUUUUUUUGUCAGUAGGAGGAGUUUAUUACCUUCAAACAGAGUCAGGCUAAGAUAUGAGAGUGGUGUCAAUCUCAGCAUCUUUCUCUCACCAAGAAGACAAUGAAAACUAUAUCCUAAAAUGUCAAACAUUUCUAUUAAAGGAGACAUAUUCUGCUUAUUCUGUUUUUCUUUCAUCCUGCGUUAAAUAGAUUUGUGUGUGUAUAUAGAACUUCUGCCAUGUUAAACUGCCCAUAGUCCGCGGUGAAGGGAACUCACGUCACCUUCAGAAAACACAUUCAAGUGAGAGUAGACCAGCUGGCCAAUCAGAGCAGACUGAGCUAUAUUAGGGGGGGGGGGGACCUUUUCAUAAAGAGCAGAAUAUGUCUCCUUUAUAAAACUCAAGUGUUAUUUCUUUCUUAAUCUUAAUCCAGACUUUACAAUCAAGAAUGAGGUCAACAUGGUAACACGUAUAUGUGUAUAUAGAGAUUUAUUUUCAAUUUGGAGGGUUUCGAUGAUGUUUGGUUUGAAAAUUGUUUUUGUCGUCUGCGGUGGAAUCUUAUGUUUUUGCCUCUGGGCAUAUUUUUUAAGUGGCACACAGAUUCUUGAAGGGUAAAAUGUCCUGAUGCUGUUUGAAAUGUUUGUAGCGUUCAGCCCCUGAUAUCUAGAAACACAUGUCCACUCCCAAAACAUGAAUGUAAACUGUACCUUUUUAAAGAGUUCAAGUUCUAUGUUGCUGCAACAUCCCGCCAAGGUCCGAGUGAUAUAUUUCAAUACAUCAAAAACAACCGAGGCAGUGAUGAAGCACAAAUAGAACGAGAAGUGAUGCUAAAGUUUGAUUUUGGAUUUGAUAUUUAAAAGCAAUGGAGAAGCAGAUUGAAGUCUGUUUACAGCUUUUACCUAAAGUUUACUCACGAGUUAAAGCACUAAGUGUUUCUGGCGCCCGGACUGGGGACAGGACGGAUUAAUUUCCGAUUACUUCACUGUACUGUUCAUGCUUCUCAGGAGUAAAAUAUGAAACACUACGAAGCACUAAAAGCGUUUCACAUCCUUCAAUGACCAAAUAUUUGUUUACUCCAUCACUGUAUGCCUUAGACCAAAGAUCUCUGAAGCAUAACGUCUUUAAAUUUGCAGUAUCGUGGAGUCCUCUCGUCAGUUCCUCUUUUCUUUUAUUUGCACAUAAUUUUUUGCACGUGGCAGCUUUUGCUGGAAUGUGACGAACCUUUGCCUCUUUAAGUUGAUGCUGCGUCCUUGCUUGACUUGAGUUUUGCUUAUGUUUGUAAGUUUGUGUCUGCUGCUGUUGAGUAUUGUUAAAUGUUUCAUAAAAGAGUAGCAGCUUGUGCAUGUUUGCUCCCUUGUAGUUAUUUUAUCACCCGGACACAUCCUGAGUACUCGAUGGCGGACGGCUGCUGCAGCCCAUUCAUUUAAACAAUAAUGGGGGGGAGAGAAUUGCUCAAUAUUUACUGUAACGUUGGAAUACUAUGUUGUAUACGGCUUUGAAUGAGCAUUUAUAGAACAUAGAAUGUUGAUAAUCAGAUUUUGACAAUUUUUGACAUUUAAAGUUUAAGUUACGUUUUUUGGAAAACUGCCAAAUAAACUGUUCGCGUAUGAA